AUGUCAUACUUCACCAUCUACGGCAUCAGAAUCAGUUGCACUGUAGUUCUGCUACUGGGAUACUUCACGUAUUUAUUCCUGGGAGCUACAGUAUUCCAGCUGCUGGAGAUGCAAGCAGAGGCUCACACUCGGAAUAACUUCCAACUGGCAAAGCUUAAGUUCCUUACAAACUACAGCUGUCUGGAUGGGCCAGCACUGGAGAGGUUUGUCCAGAUUAUUAUAGAUGCCUGGGAGAAAGGUGUAAACCCAACAGGAAACUCCACGAAUCCAAGCAACUGGGACUUCAGUAGCUCAUUUUUCUUUGCAGGAACUGUAGUGACUACAAUAGGCUUUGGAAACCUCUCUCCCAGCACUGUAGGAGGGCAGGUUUUCUGUGUAUUUUUUGCAUUAUUUGGAAUCCCUUUGAAUCUAACUUUCUUGAACCACCUUGGAAGAAGUAUGAAUGGAUAUAUGAAGAGGCUGGAGAAAAAUGCUGAGAAAUCAAGCAAUCCCAGGCAAGCGAUGAAGAUUUUCACAAUAGUGCUCUUCUUCAUUACUGGCACAGUUCUCUUCCUGGUUUUUCCACCAUUGAUCUUCAGUUACGUGGAAGGUUGGACUUUUGGCGAGAGCUUUUACUUUGCCUUCAUCACUCUCAGCACCAUUGGAUUUGGAGAUUAUGUCAUAGGCACAGAUCCAGAGAAGCACUACAUCACCAUCUACAGGGGCCUGGCUGGAGUCUGGAUCAUCGUCGGGUUGGCCUGGCUGGCCCUGCUCUUUAAUCUGGGUGGUGGUGUGAUGGAGCGGCUGUUCCAGCUGAAGUGGCACAGAGAGAAAUCAAAGCAGGAAGAUAAGCGCAGUCCCAGUCAUGAGGAUUGCUACACCUAG